GGAGAAGAGACGGGGGGAGAGGAGCAAAAGUUGCUGUGAGGGCGGGGCUGUGGACGGAGUCGCCGCCGGGAGGGGGCGAGAGAGGAGCUGUGUGCGGGAGGCGCCGGGGACGGGAGGUUCACUGGAAAGAGAAUGAAAUAAACAUGGAGUCUUCUAAACUGGAAUAUAUUUUGCGGAUCACGGUUAAAAGUAAAAAGAAGAUGGAACAAAAUGAGAGAACAGGAGUAUAACGCCUGUCAAGAACUCUCCAUUUUUGUGAUAUAUAUAAACUUGAGAUAUAAUACAACUAAUGAUUUGUAGUAAUACUUUAUUGCUCCCCCUGGAAGGAGAAGUCACUUACUGUGCGACUUGCUUUAUAAGAACUUUUAUUCUAAUUACUCUUAAAAUGUUUUAACCUUAACUGGACACCUCUUUUUUUUUUUUUUUUCCCCCUUUUUUUCUUUUUUUAAGUCUGAGAGUUUAAAAACUUUGUAUAGCUGUAUUUUAACUGAGAAACUCCUCCUGAUAGAUAGCUGACAGCUGCUCAUGGAAAAUGGACUUAAGCCCAUGAAUGGUUCCUAUUGCACAGAGUUGAACGGAAUGCCGUGACUUUAGAGCAGUUCUCUUAGGAUCUUCUUCUUUGCCUUGCACCCAUCAUAUCCUUAAAUAUUUAAGUGUAAAUAUUGCAAUUAUAAAGUCUGAAAAAUAAUGGCAUGGGUGAAAUUCUUACGAAAACCUGGGGGUAACCUUGGAAAAGUUUAUCAGCCUGGAAGUAUACUGUCCCUGGCCCCUACAAAAGGCUUAUUAAAUGAACCAGGACAAAACAGCUGCUUUCUUAACAGUGCUGUUCAGGUAUUAUGGCAACUUGACAUAUUUCGACGAAGUUUAAGAGGUUUAACUGGACAUGUCUGUCAGGGAGAUGCAUGCAUAUUUUGUGCUUUAAAGGCAAUAUUUUCACAAUUUCAACACAGUCGAGAAAAAGCACUCCCGUCAGAUAACAUGAGACAUGCCCUGGCAGAAAGUUUUAAGGAUGAGCAGCGUUUCCAGCUUGGAUUCAUGGAUGAUGCAGCAGAAUGCUUCGAAAAUAUCCUUGAGAGGAUUCAUUUUCACCUAGUGCCAAACAGUGAAACAGAUAUGUGCACUUCAAAAUCCUGUAUUUCUCAUCAGAAGUUUGCUAUGACACUGUAUGAACAGUGUGUAUGUCGCAGUUGUGGGGCAUCAUCAGACCCAUUGCCUUUUACAGAAUUUGUGCGUUACAUCUCCACCACAGCCCUGUGUAAUGAAGUAGAAAGAAUGAUGGAGAGGCAUGAACGUCUCAAGCCAGAAAUGUUUGCAGAAUUGCUGCAGGCGGCAAAUACUGCUGAUGACUACAGAAAGUGUCCUAGUAACUGUGGUCAAAAAAUAAAAAUUCGUCGUGUUCUCAUGAAUUGUCCCGAGAUCGUGACGAUCGGUUUAGUCUGGGAUUCAGAACAUUCUGACCUGACAGAAGAGGUUAUGCGGAAUCUGGCAACACAACUUUAUCUUCCUGGGCUGUUCUAUAGGGUUACAGAUGAAAAUGCCAAAAAUAGUGAACUUUUUCUUGUGGGAAUGAUUUGCUACACAAGCCGACAUUACUGUGCCUUUGCCUUUCACACCAAGAGUUGCAAAUGGGUGCUGUUUGAUGAUGCUAAUGUAAAAGAGAUUGGCACGAAAUGGAAAGAUGUGGUCUCCAGAUGCAUUCGAUGUCACUUUCAGCCAUUGUUGCUAUUUUACGCUAACCCAGAUGGCACAGCUGUAUCUCCAGAAGAUGCUCCCAAGCACAUUAUUCACUGGUCUCAAUGCAAAGCAGCAGGAGGAAACGGGGAAGACUUGGGAUUUGAGAAGCAUUCUGCUCCUAAAUCGGACCAUAUGAAAGAGAAUGGAAUUGGAGACCCCACUAAUCAAAGGAGUAAUAAAAAACUUCAGCCGGAUAAUUCAACAUUCAGCAGAAGCCAUAUUCAAGCUAGUGGUGGUAGAGGUCCAGCUAAGCUGGGUUACAGCGAUCAAAAGGACAGGCUAAAGGACAUAUCCAGAGAGUGUGCUCAGAAAGCUGCUGAUAUGAAAAACUUCUCAUCUUUACGAAAAGAUGCAGACAAAGGACCAAGAAAAGAGUCUGGGAGACAAAGAGAUUUGGUUGGGGAAGAUCGUUCCAAUGUGAAGUCGGGGUCUCCUCCAGUUGGAAAUGGACUUAGACACUGUGCUGAUCAGCGCAUAUACAGCAGCCAGGGAAGAGGCUCCUAUAAGCACGACAAUGCACCUCACCAAGCAAAGCUUUCUGUCCAGGUGCUUGGAUCAAAUAAACCAGAAGCUUUUCCUGCUGGAGAGAAACCAAUGGUCAGGACCCGGACUGAUGGUGUCACUGGCUAUGACACAGACACCAGUCAAGACUCUAGGGACAAAGGCAGUAUCAGCAGCAGCAGAAGCAGAAGUAAAGGUUGGAAACCUAUGCGAGAGACGCUAAAUGUAGACAGCAUUUUCAGUGAGACAGAGAAAAAACAGCAUAGCCCAAAGCACAAGGCAAAUCCGAACAGUAAACCUAAGCAUGAAAAGGAGCGAAGCUUUAACCAUUGGCCAAAAGAGAAUCAAAUCCCAAAAGGUUUAAUGACUAUAUAUGAAGAUGAAACAAAACAGGAUACCGGAAGUCGAAGUUCACUGGAUUCGGAGGGAAAAGGGAAUGCUGAAAAAACCAAAGGAUUUACAGAGAGAAAAAUUCUUGGUGAUAACUGGCAAAUUCAGAGGACAGAAUCUGGAUAUGAAAGCAGUGAUCAUAUCAGCAAUGGAUCUGCAAAUCCAGACUCGCCUGUUAUUGAAGGAAUCAAUCCAGCAGAUGUCAAAAAUGUUAAAGAAAGCGCUUCCUGCAGUGAACUGAGCUUGUCAACCAAAAAAGCUGACAAUGCGUUACCUUCAGUAUCCCAGCAGAACAGAAACUUUUAUGACUUGAGGAAAGACCAGAUGAAUUCAGAAGUUAACUACAAACCUCAUGUUAAUUUCCCGACAGAAUUACAUUUGCGCGUGCCGAGUCCUCCAGUAAAGAGAGCUGAAAUGCCUGAGACCAAUAGGAAAUUUUUCCCAUCGUCGGCUCUGCAGCCAAUUAUUAAAGACAUUGUUAAGUCAGAAAGUAAGAACAAGGUAAACGAACAGAAUUCUUCAGAGUGGCUUAACCCAGACAAGUUUGAGAAGAUGAACGUGUCGGUAUAUUGUGCUGAUGGCGUCACCCACCCCUAUACAGAAAGCAUCUGUGGAAGGAAGCUCCUCAGCAAUGACUUUCACUCCUCUUCCCAGCUGCAGCCUCAUCACGCGAGAACAUUUGGUCACAAAGUGGGGUUGUCGCCUUCUGUGCCGCAGAACCUGUCGGAAAGGCCCAUGGUGCUUCCCCCUCCCGGUGAGCAUGCUGGGCACCCGCUCCGAAGGGCAGAUCCAAUCUGGGCACCCGAAGCGGUGUACCAGAAUCUUCCUCCCCCUUUACCCCCAAAGAAAUAUGCUCAGAACACUUUGUUGGGAUCCGAAAAUAACUCGGCAGCUGAUGUAAAGCCAACAGAAGUGUUGCAAAAUAAUCUGUUAAGGCAAACAGGUACACCUUUAAAAUCUGCAUCAGAAGCAGGCGUAUUUACAAACGAACAAAGGCUUAAAGAGCCAUUUCAAGGGAAUGAACUGUUUGUUCAUAAACCGGAUUCUCCACCUCGCUUAUCAGUUAAUGACAUUUGGACUGUGUCUGAAAACUUUUUAAAGAAAGGAUCUCGUCAUACGGGACCAAGUGCUGGCUAUGUGGAUGGAAAUGAUAGCGUAUCCCUAACGACUUAUUUUUCAGUGGAUAGUUGUAUGACUGACACAUACAGGAUGAAAUAUCAUCAGAGACCCAAGCUGUGUUUUACAGAUAGCGGAAGCUUUCACAAAGAAAAGCAUUCUCCAUCAGCUGGAGUAGAACUGAAUGCUACAUACCAUGCUACUAUUGAGCCCAGGCAUCCCACAUCCGAGCAAAGGUACAAGACAAAUGUGGAAGGCAUACACUGCAGCAGAUAGAUUCUUAAAAAAAAAAUAAAAAUAAAUAAAUCUGGAUCUGACUUGCAUUUCACGUAAUCUGUAAAUGGGCACAAACCUUGAAUCUGUGUGUGCGUGUGAUGACUAGGUACCCAGUUGACUGUACUUUGCUUAGGAGUUAUGACUGUUUAAAUGAAUAUGCAAAUAGAGGUGAGCAGAGGAGAAGAGGUGCUAAACUUCUGGUUCUUUGAUUUGUUACUCUAGUUGCCUUAAUGCUUACCUCUGUUACUCGGCUUGUCUUCUACAGUUUAUAUUAAAAGUGGUCCCUUUGGGUGUAUGCAUCUUACAGCAGUGGGACCAACUAGAUGUUACUAAUUUUGUAAGAAGCUGCAGUUUAAAAAGUGUUCCUUCAGACUGUGGUCACUAUGUACUUAGGCUAACAAAAGAGAUAAACAUAUUACCACCUAUAGUGCAGUAAAUGUAGUUACAGUAGAGCAGUAUUCGUCCUGAUAGGCAGGAGGAGGUGACGUGGUUUGUUUUGGUUUUUUUCAGCUGGCUUCUCUGAGAGUCUGUGCUUUCACAAACCUUCAAGUGUCUUUAAUACAAGUUUACCCAGAGAUUUUCUAACUUUUUAUUUGAAAAGCCUUAAUAAUAAUAAUAGUAAUUCUUUAAACAUGGUUCUGGUUUGCAAGCGUUAAAUAAGAUUUUCAAAGGGAAUCCAAGUAAAGUGCAGUAAUAGUGUCCUCUUAAUACACCUGCUCUAUGUUAGUGUACACUUUCAAACACAUUUAUCGAUUUGUUCACUCUGUAAGCUAUAUACUUUAACUUAUUAAAAUUAAAUUUAACCACAUAAGAUACAAACUGAUAUAGCAGAAUAGGAUGCUAAUUUUAAAAUAUAGUUAUUGUGCAACUAUGAAAGAUUAAUUUUGUAAGGUUUUAGAUGUAUUUACUACUUACGUUCAGUUCUGAUUUCUUCAGUUCUGAUUUAUUGUACAAUUGCAUGCCAAGUCAAUGCUGCUGUUUUAUUGAACUUCCUUUGUUCAGCUUGACGUUUUGAGCAAUGUUUAAUGGGGAUCAGACACUUGAUUUUACUGACAACAGUUUUUCCUAUUGAGCAGUCCUACACAGGGAUACGUUGUGUAUUAGCCGAUCAGGCAGGCUGUGAUGGCUGAUGGGGCAUGGCAAGAAGAGGUUCCUCUCUUUCUCUGCUCUGCAGUUUUGGCAGCUCUGGCACUUACCACGUCUUUUGUUAACCUGACUUACUUCAGUAACAAAGGGGAGGAUUUAUCUGGCUUUAUUUGGGUAGUUAAAUCAGUGCACAGAACUAUUGAGUGAGUGCUGAGGCCCAGCACAUGUCCCAUUGAGGGCUGGGGAGGAAAGAAGGAUUUCGCCCCGGUGGCGUCCCUGAGCGCUUGAAAUGACCCACUGUGUCUUGUGGUGUCAGAGGCAGGGGCUUAGAGUUCUGUUUCCUUCUUAUCCUAACAUUGAACAACGUGUAAUUGAGAAUUAACGUCAGCAAAGUCUGACACAAUCCGAAAAGGCUAAAUUUUACUGUUAUUCAUAUUUUGAGUGUUAACUUGGGAUGCUGCUGACUACAUCUAAAAAUCAAUGCCUUUUAGCUAUGAAAAUAGCGCAAGGUUAAAUAUGCAUAAUAAACACUCUUGCUUAUACUUGCACUGUUAGUCAGAAAGGCUUUUUUUAUGUUUAUAAACCUUAUAGGAGUUCUAAUGCUUCAACCAAAUGUUGGCAAUUAUUUAGCGUGAUUACCCAAGAUGCACAUUAAAACAGUAGUUUCGGUUAUUCUGUGUCAAGGUCAGUUUUUGGUUUUUGUUUGUUUUUUUUUUUUUAAACUACAUGUAACUUACAGUAGAACUGGAACAUGAUAUAUGCAACAAACCAGCUAUCUCAGAUUAAUCUUAUUUCUACUUUCUUGACCAAUGCUACUUGUAGCACUUGGGGGGGGGGGGAAAAAAGAAUUCUAGAAUUCGUAGUGCAAAUAAUUAUGCAUGUUUAGGUAUGGCUGCUGGUAAACAGCAACUUAAAAAAAUUUUCCUUUUGUAAGAAAAUCAGUUGAAUACAGAAGAACCCUGAAAAUAUAAGAGCCUGGACGAUUCCUAACUGUAAUAUUUUUGAGAGAGAUUUCAGAACCUGUAAAUGAUUUUUUUUUUUUCCCUAGCUCAUCCAGCAAUGUUACAUAACAUACAUAGCCAGUUAAGUAAAACUGUCUUCUAAUACUUGUGUAAAAACAAAGAUUAUUGGAACUUGUAAAUAAUGUAUAAUUUGUAAAAUGUUUUGCAAAAAUCUUGUAUUUGAAAUGACAGUAUUUUUAUGUAUGAAUAGCACAGCAACAACUGUGAAUGAUGUUAGAACACUUAUUUUUAAACAUGCAUAGCAAUGUUCAUACUUCUGUACAAUGAGCAAUAUGAAUGCCUAUUACUGAUACCAAUGAACUUGGCUUCCAGUAAGCACAACUGGUAAACUUAUUUUUAAAGUAGCUGCAGUAAUUUAGACGUACUUCAGUCUCCUUGCUUUGCUUGAAACAAUCUUACCGGACAACUUUCUAUGUGACCCAUGUUUACCAGGUAUUUAAUUAUAGUAAACAGACAGCUAAUCGAGGCACCUUUGUUUUUAUAUUUGACUCUGCACUCCAUGUAUGUAUGUACGUACGUAAUAUUUGCUAACUAAUCUGUGAUAACUUGUUUUAACUGACCUAGGGUGCCUAUUUAUUUUUUUAUAAAUGUCUCCUCCUGGCUAUAGAUUUGUAUAAGAGCCUAGACAAUUUUUGUAACAUUAAAGAUAUUAACAAGUCUUGUAAUUAA